GAGGCCUCUUCUCGCGGGGGAAAUCUUCAGAGUCUCGCGAUCAGCGCGGUCUGGCCACUGUGCGGAGACCGAACUGUGGCCGCAGCCGUACGUUUGAGAGGAAAAGAUGCUGGAACCACAGGAGAAUGGUUUGACUGACCUACCAGAUUAUGAGCAUUUAGAAGAUGAAACUUUUCCUCCUUUCCCACCUCCAGCCUCUCCACACAGAGAUGGUGAAGGAGCUGAACCUAAUGAAGAGUCAGGGAGAGGAGCACCUGUUCCUGUUCCUCCAAAGAGAACAGUUAAACGGAAUAUACCCAAGCUGGACGCUCAGAGAUUAAUUUCAGAGAGAGGGCUUCCAGCAUUAAGGCAUGUGUUUGAUAAGGCAAAAUUCAAAGGUAAAGGCCAUGAGGCUGAAGACUUGAAAACGCUAAUCAGACACAUGGAGCAUUGGGCACAUAGGCUAUUCCCUAAACUGCAAUUUGAGGAUUUUAUUGACAGAGUUGAAUACCUGGGAAGUAAGAAAGAAGUUCAGACUUGUUUAAAACGAAUUCGACUCGAUCUCCCUAUUUUACAUGAAGAUUUUAUUAGCAAUAAUGAUGAAGUAAGGGAAAAUAAUGACCAUGAUGUAACUGCUACCGAAUUAGAUCCCUUUUUGACAAACUCAUUGGAAAGUGAGAAGUUUGCUUCUGAGUCCAGUAGAAGCCUAACAGAAGAACAACAACAGAGAAUUGAGAGAAAUAAACAACUGGCCUUGGAAAGAAGACAGGCAAAGCUCCUGAGUAAUAGUCAGUCCCUCGGAAAUGACUCGUUAGUGAGCACACCCAGGGCACCAACCAUUGAAGAGGUUAACACAGGGGAGGAUCAAGAGGAGGAAGCAUCAGAUGGAUAUAGCAAAGACAUUCUAGACAAUCCACAUAAUGCUGCUGCUGCUGCCAACACUGUAAAUGAAGAGGAAUUAAAAGUAGAGAAAACACAACUGGACCAAUCCUUUUAAAAUGUACAGUAACUAUGCUUCAUCUGGGAAUGUCACCGAGGUUGGACAGGCCUCAACUAAGAAAAUCUGUUAACUUGCUAUUUUAUCUUAUAUUAGAUUACUAUGUAUUUUGUCUACUUGGAGUGAAAAUCCUCAUGUACUAAGACUUUUCACAGAUUCCUAUUUAAAAUCUAAUUAUACUUGUUUCUUAUUUAGUUGA